AUGGCAGCCAUGGCUGGCAUGGCUGGCCACACAAAAACCCCCAGCCGGAAAGAUACUCCCUGGCACCGAUGGCCCAUCCUCGGGCCUCGCAGCUCUCACAACAACAACACCACCAACGACGACGACGACCGAAGAAACCACCCCGACAUCCUCGAGACACGUCGAGUCUUCUCAGGCCACGAGGUAAUCCCGAGGCUACGAUCCCCGCAAAGGAUACUCCUCCAACCAGCGACUCGGACCCUCCCCGCAACAACAACAGAGCCAGAAACACCCCCCAUCUCACCCCGCACCACCACCACCAGCAACAACAACGACACCAACCCCUUCCCAUCCCCGCUCACCCCCGCCGGUCCCCACCCCCGAUUCCGCCAGCUCAACCCCAGCCGCGUCUCCGCCACCAGACACGCCCAGCGCAAGGCCCUCACGGCCCUGGCCGUCGCCUGCGGCGUGGGCGUAUGCUCGCUCGUCGCCGGGAUCGCGGUGCUCCGGAGCCUGGAGGAGGGGCAUCAUCGUAGCAGCGGGGACGGCGGCAGCAGCGUCGCCGUCUUCGUGUGGGUGGUUGUCAGCGCUGUUGGGGUGACUGGCGUCGCUGUGGCGCAGGGGAUCUUGCUUUUCUUGUUUGUGCGGGGUGGCAGGAGGAGGAGUGGGAGACGCCUGGACGAGGAGGAGGACGGGGAGGGGGAGGAGGGGGAGUGGGUUGAGAUGGGGAGCCGAGGGCCGCGGGUGGAGUCGAGUGUGGUGCGUGGGAGCCGGACCAUUGCUGCUAGUAGCCGUAGCACCGUUGGGGGGACUGUGCGGCCCGGCAAUAGCAGUAGCAGCAGCAGCAGCAGCAGCAGGAGCGAGGGGAUUCGUGCUGACUCUGCUAGCACUGCGGCGGCUGGCCCAUCGAUGACGACGUCGAUAUCGACGUCGACGCUGUCCUCGCCGCUGGUCACGACUUGGGAUACCGUCGACCCUGAUGCUGCUGAUGCUGAUCAGAGGGUGUACCAGGCCCGGGCUGGUAGUGUCGUGGUCACGCUGCGGAACGUGCCCUCGCUGGAAAUCAUCCGCGGCGAGGUUGACAGGCUGUGA